AUGAGUUCAGACUACCACCCGGCGGACACCCACUCCUUCCUGACCAAGGCCGACCUCAAGGACUCGCUCAACACAUUCUCCAACCUGCUCUCGACCGCCAAGAUCUACCGGCUGGCACUCAUCACCCUCUCAAACGCAACCGCAGCCUUCGCAAAGUCGCUCGAGGACGCCGCCAGACUCAAGGGCACCCAGGCCAUCCAGCUCGAGCAGGAGCAGCAGCUCGAAUCCACCACAGACUCAAUCGGAAGCUCACCACACACCCCCCACUCCAGCCACCACGACCCAACUCACUCGCACUGCUCGAACCCUGCAGAGAAACUGCUGGCGGCCAGCGGCCUCCAUUUCUUGACCGCCAAUCUCGAACAAGUACUGUCGGAUACCUUCAAAAAAUCAUUCGAACUCCCACUCUUGAACCUCUAUGAAUCGUAUCGAACACAACUAGCACAUCAACAGAACCGUUAUGAGUCCUUACUAUCCCUCAAAACCAAGGCCAUCAGAGAGACCGAGCUCAGGAACAUGAACCAGGGCGGCAGUAGACACUCACGCAACACGCCGCGCGACCUCGACAGCUUCCGCAGAGGUCUCAAGGAACUGCAGGACCAAGUCGAACAGGUCGAGUCUCUCAAGCACUCUUACUAUCUCCAAGUGGCCAAGGGCGAACGCCAAGUCUGGAACAAGGUGGCCGAAAAUAUUAGCUUGGUGGUCAAAUCAGAAGUGGAAGUGUACGACCGAAUCGCGUCGAAGCCGAUCUCAGAUCCGACACUAGAAGCGAUGGUCGCCUCGAUCCCGGAUCCAUUUGAUGCCUACAACCCAGUGGAGACGAUUGACGGAAGCAUGAGCGGGACGGGCGGAGGGGCCGGGGAGAUCUACUCGAUCCUGAACCCGCUGAGCAGUCUGUUGCUCGGCUCGCCGCAGAAGGCCCGCCGUUCCGUCGACCUCAACCAUUCUCUCGCCUCCCUCCAACGCCACCUACAGACGCCCUCGCCCAACGGCUCGCUCAUCCAUCCCCACCUCAACAGCGCCACCCAUUGGGCAGAGUCUGUCGCCGACCACACCGGCCAACAGCCCGAGCCCCUCCUCACCCAGCUAGACCAGCCCCUCCCCGGGCCCUCCUCCUCCUCCUCCCCCAGCUCUGUCAACGAGACAAACGACCCACGCCGCAACGUCUGCUCGCUACUCUCUACCGACUCUGCGAUCACUGCCACUCCGGCUAACCCCGCGCUGCCCGACGAGCCCCGCAUCUCGCCCAGCUCGUCCUCCGAAACCGCCGACACCACCGUCGUCCUCGACCACCCACCGCAGCCCGCGGACAACUCUUCCAUACCCCACCCAUCCCUCGACGUCCCGCCUCCUCAUAUACACCGCCUGUCGACCACCAAUAGCAUCCAACCCCACAUCGACGAGGUCGACAGUCUUCUGGGAGAGCCACCGCCCAGUGGUCUGGAUUUAUCCGACUCGGACACUUGA